AUGAGGCGUCCUGGCAUGAUGGAUGUGAUCAGCGCGAUGUCAACCAGGGGGGUCGACAUGCCGAAUCCGUCUGUCGCAGCCAUGAUGGCAGCGAGGCAGAUGAACUCGAUGCUGCCGCCUGGGCGCUCUUCCCCUCCUCAUUGGCAGGGCAACUGGAGAGGGAGGGAGGGAAGAGACGGGCGAGACCUGAGGUCGGAAGGGUUCGAGAAGAGAGCGAGAUGGUCCAAGGAACAAGAUGCGUUGGGAUACGAUUCGGUGGGAAGGAAGAGGAACUCCCUAGAAGAGCAAAGAGAUAAGAAACAAGAGUCGAAGAGGCGGAGGACCGGCGAGGGCGCAGGGCAGAGUGACGAGGAGGAGGAAGGAGAGCUGCAUGAAGAUUACGCCGAGAAGAAAACAUCCAAGUCAGACGACAAGGCAGAAACCAAAACGGAAGAGCAAACCAAAUACAGCAGUGGGGAAGAGGAAGAGGAAGAGGAGCUUGCGAUCUUCCGCCAUGACAGCGACGAUGAAGCUGAGGUGGAGGAGGAGAGCUCGAUCCCUAGCAAAGCUCCGGCUGAAGAACCGUCGUUGCAAUCGCUCAAGGAUGAAAUCAAUCGCCUGAAAGAGGAGAAUCUGAGGCUGAAGGAAGAGAACUCAUCGCUCAAGGAGCAGAACGACAUGCUCUGGUCGCUGCACAUGGAUGGGAAUGGAGCCAACGUCGACCAGGACAAGGAGAACAAGGAGCAGGAGGGGCAGACUGCAGAGAAGGGGAAAGAUGGAGAGGAGGGGCAAGAGAACGAGGGGAAGGAGGAGGAGAAAGAGGAAGAGGGCGCUUGA